CAACAUUGGAUGUAACACAUAACAUUGGCUCUUCCUCAUAUCUUCCAGAUCCAGAUCAUGGCUUUCCUGAAAUACUGACUAAGUUUAGUUCCUCUUAAUAAUUUGUUACAUGUCCAAAUAAACACAUGCUGUCAGUUUGAUGCAGAUAAAGCGCUAAAACAUUGUCGUCUGUCAUUUUAGCGAGAUAGUCUAUUUAAAGUCUCAGCUACAUUUAGCAUCAUUAGCAGCCAGUUGCCAGGAUACCAGACCCAUCCCGUGAAAAAGAUUACCAUGGCAACUGACUACACAACUUGGACAUGACAUUCAGUGUCAGAGAUGUGACCAGACUACAUAAAAGGAAACCUGCUGUAAGAAGUGAUCAACAUGUCCUCUGAGGAGGAGACUUCUCAGACUUCCUCCUCUUCCUCGUCUCCCCCUCCCUCUUCCUCCUCCUCCUCCUCCUCUUCCUUCUCCCCUCCCCUUGCCUCCCACUUCAUCGGGAAAAAGGAGGACAUUGUCAAAUCCGGCCGUGUGACCAAGCUAGUGAAUGGAUGCAGAGAUGUACUGGUCCUGUACCACGAGGGGCAGCUUCAUGCAAUGGACAUGCGCUGUUACCAUGCAGGUGGUCCAUUAGCAUAUGGAGACAUUGAGGAGUUUAAUGGGCGGCCGUGCAUCGUGUGUCCGUGGCACAAGUACAAGAUCACACUGGCAGAAGGGGAAGGGCUCUACCAAGCUGUGGAUGAUCCUACAGCCAAACCACUGAGAACACACUGGCGCUCCAAGGGCGUCAAACAAAGGAUUCACAAGGUGACCGAGGUCAAUGGGGAUGUAUAUGUGACGCUGAACGACUCCAGCGAGGCCAUUGAGUCGGACAACUACCAGACUGAGAGAUACAGGACUGUCGUACUCAAGGCUCAGCCAAAACUCAAGAAAUAACCAGACACUCAAGCAUUUAGAAUUGUUUGAUUAAUCAACCAAAAAUACUGAUUGCUAAUUAUUGUGUUUUGCUCUCUUAGAUGACACAGUUUGUUUUAGGACACAGAAAACAGGGGGUUACUGCAGACAUGGAUCAGGUCAGCAGGUAUAUGAUGUAUACAUUUCUGGCAUUUAUGAAAUGAUUCUAAAAUAUUUUGUUUUGCUACAGACUAUUAGGGUUUAAAAUGAUUAAAUACUGUACAAAAAUAA